AUGGCCCUCCUGCCCUCUCUACUCACGGCCCUGGUGGCGUUCAGCUAUGGCCCGGGUGGAUCUCUGGGCUGUGACCUGCCUCCAAACCAUGUCCUGCUCAGCAGGGAGAACUUAGUGCUUCUGAGCCGAAUGAGCAGAAUCUCCCCUUCCUUCUGUCUGAAGGACAGAAAGGACUUCAGAUUCCCUCGAGCCACUGUGGACGGCAGCCAGCUGCGGGAGGCCCAGGCCAUCUCUGUCCUCCACGAGAUGCUCCAGCAGACCUUCAACCUCUUGCUCACAGAGCACUCUGCUGCUGCCUGGAACACCACCCUCCUGGACCAACUGUGCAGGGCACUCCAUCGGCAGCUGGAAGCCCUGGACACCUGUUUGGUGCGGGAGACGGGAGAGGAAGGAUCUGCCCUGGCAACGCAGGGCCCUACACUGGCCUUGAAGAGGUACUUCCAGGGCAUCCGACUCUACCUCAAGGAGAAGAAACACAGUGACUGUGCCUGGGAAGUUGUCAGAGCGGAAGUCAUGAGAGCCUUCUCUUCAGCAAGACCCUUGUAUGAAAGGUUAAGAAAUAAGGAGAGAGAUCUGAGGUCACCUUGA